AUGGCAUCCAAGGCAUGUGACCACUGCUACAAAGCCAAAGUCAAAUGCGUCGACCGCGAGAACCCGCCGUGCGAGCGAUGCAGGGAUAGUGGCGCAGACUGUACCUUCGACGGGAGGCGGAGCUCCAAGAUGGCAGAGAUGGAGAAACGGAUCGCAAGUAUAGAAGGCCAGUUCACUGCUAUCAAUGCGCAGCUCGGCAGCAUCAGCGCUAUACUAGCGGGGCGAGCUCCUCAGAACCCCUCCCCUUUGGCAACUGAUACUAGCGGCCGCCAUCUGCCCUCGCCGAAUGUCGGCACCGUGGUUUCAGGCCGUUCCGACAUUGGCGAUAAUAGGCGCCCGGCUUCGUCCCAGUCGGGGAGCUCUACGGACGAUCCGGUACACGACGACCCGCUAGACGACACUGUACCUCGUCUUGCCCCGCUCGACGUCGUCAUAUCUCGCGCUACAGCAUCAUCGGUCCGGCUCAAUAAGAGGAAGGCUGCUCAUUUCGACGAAGCGGAUUCUGAGCGACACCGGCGGGGACCAGAUGGCGGGCCAUCGUUCCAUCCAGCUCCUGGGGAAAUGCCCCCGCCUUCGAGCUACUCGUCUGAGGAUCCGAUCCUCCGCGGCAUCUGCACAGAAAGCCAGAGUCGGCGGUACUUUGAAAGGUACUUUGUCUCUUCUCAUAUUACUCUGCCGGUCUUUGACGCAGCACAAGAUACAUGGGCCUCAAUACGAUCGAAAUCCGCUCUCGCGUUUACUGUCAUUUUGACUAUUGGAUUUGCUCAGGACGGUGAUGACUUUGACAGUGUAGACGUGGUCCAUCGUCUGCACGACCAUGUCUCGCAUCUCGCCAAGAGUUGCGCCUUUUCGACCGCAUCGGACCAAUUCGACGAACGUCUGACGGUACAAGCACUCGUCCUUAUAUCUGCAUGGCGCGAUGAUGGAUGGAGGUGGAUGGGCAUGGCACUGCGGAUAGCUCUCGAGCUCAACCUUCAACACUGUCUGCCCCAGCUACUCGCUGUAUCUUCCAAUAGCGGGCGGGAUCUCCAGUCGGAACGUCGACUGGUCGAGGGGGCGAGGAUAUGGCUUGCAGUCUGCAAAAUGGAGUAUGAAAUGUGCUUCAACCACGGACGACCACUUCUUAUCGGUGACGAGCCGUGUAUACGCUUAGGGCGUCAAUUCCUUGAUCACCCGCUCAGCAAUCUUGGGGACAGUCGGCUUGUCGCAGCUUGCGAAUUGCUACAGCGCAGACACCGGCAAAACGUACCGCCGGGCGAUUAUAUCAGAGACAUACUGAUUACCGCGAGUAACCACGUAGUCCUGACUGCUCACUUUCCCCUCCUGGCGGGUAUCAACCAGCGGCAAGAUGUCGCUCAGCUUCAAGGAUACAGAGCUCAGGCUUUCCAAAGAGCGAUGACUGCUGCGACGUCCUUACUGCAUAUGGCUAUACACAGCCAAGGGUACAAGUCUCAUUUUGCCUCUUCUACCUCCACAACACACGUCGGAAUCGUAUUUGCUGCCCGUAUGGUCAUCAGGUUUGCACGGCUCGCUCCUGAGCAGCUCGAUCUCCGACAGGUCAAUCGUGACCUUGAGGCGCUCAUGGAGAUGUUCAGAACGGCUUCAAGCGGCAGGCUGUUCCAGCAGAUCAAGCAGACACUGGGUCGAGCCCGCCGAGACCACCAUCUUCCGCCUAUCUCUCAGGUGGGCUCUCCGCAGCCCCAGUCAAUCGCAUUGACAGCUACCGGGCCAUUCCAGCCCGGCUCGGGGGUCUUGGGAGACCUGUUUGACCAUUCCCUACCACUGCAGAAUCUUGAAACCAACAUGAAUUGGUUGGAUAACGACCUGUUCAACUAUGUCGCCCAAGAUCCGACCGACUGGAGCUUCCUCUUCGACUCGAUGGUGGAUGGUCCGCCGAAUAUGCUCCGGUGA